GCGAUUCCGUUCCAUAAACCGUAUUGCUAGCAUCUCUCGAAACCAGAUACAAAACGCCAAAACGGUAUACGAACCAUGCGCUUCGCGAUGACUACCCUACAAAAACGCUUUAGCCGCCGUAUCCAUCCUACCGCCACAACCGCGCCACACAAACCAGUAACGACGAUCCUGGAUGGCUGGAUGAAAUUAUGUGAAUUAAUGCUGAAAACCUGCGGAAUCUGUCCUUUAUUUACAAUACACAGCGCAUCCACAUCCUUUACGGUCCUUGCGUAUCUGUGGAUCGUGAUCUUCACCGCACUCCGCUGCGUGUACCUCUUCCUGGUGGUGGUGCCACUGUUCCUCCACGAUCUAACCGGGACGCUGGAUAGUUUCAUCGAGAACAUGUGCUCGAAACUGGCGGAUGUCGUUGUUUUUGUCGGGGCGGUAUCCAUCGCGGCGCAAUGGAGGGGUAUGAGGGUGCAUUCAGCGGAUACGCCGCUAUGAAGAGGCUUACUUUACACCGCACGAGACCGGUUUCCUGGUCAUCCUGUCUACCGUUCUGCUGACAGCGUUAACGACAUUACUGUACCAAUCCGCUGCCUGGUUUCGGUUGUCCCUGCGCCGAGCGGCCACCAUCGAAGCGGAUUUCUGGGCGGCACACUACGGGGUCAUGGUCUUCCGCACCUCCACUCUCCUCAACCACACCUUCGCCAUCCUCAACGUGAUGCGCAUCGCUGCGGUGUAUGCAUCAUCGGGAUGUGUUUUCUGGUGUGCCUGGUUUCUGGCCGGUUGUGUCAGCGGAUCAAGCAACGUCUCCGCGGUGAGACGGACACCGUACUGGUGGAUACCAUAGUACAGGACCAUACCGCAUUGUGCCGUUGUAUUAAGCGCUUCUCCGAGCACCUGGGUGUGUUUUUCCUGCUGUUCUAUCUGCAAGCGACCUUGUGGAUCGUGUGGAUCAUCAACAGUGUGGCUGGAUCUCGGUCCACGGUGUAUUUAUCGGCCGGUGUGCAGAUCCAGAGCGGAAUUGUCCUGCUGAUCGUUUUGCUGACCAUUACGCUUGCUAUGAUUUACGUGCACGAACAGGCUGACAUUUCGGAUGAACUGCAAGACACGAUCAACGCGGAGACCGACGGUAACAAAUGCACCAAACUGCUGGCCGCUCUCCACCGUGUCACAGCAAAACCGACCGGCUUCUCUAUCGCGGGAAUUAUUGUGGUGGAUCGCUCAUUCAUUGCGACGAUGGUUGGCAUUCUGUUUUCCUAUGGGACAUUCAUCCUCCAGCUAAAGGAAUCCCGCGAUGAAGGUGGCAGUCGCCAUCAUUCUUCACUGAUUAAUUCAACGGCGACGAAAUAAACCGUGACAAGCGGCAAAGCAUCGACAAUUUUCGGGAACGAUUCAUAAACAUCAUUAAAUUUCACGUAAAAUAUGUCGGCGUAAAUCGUAUAGUUUGUAUGCCACGCUUCGUCAUGAUUUGCCGCCGAUUCAAUUUUUAUGCACAUUUUCGUAUAUACAGAUUACAGAGUAUAUUUUUCCUUAAUGUACGUAUUUACCAAUUUUCGGAUAAUUUGUCUAUUGCAUACAUUUGUGUACUUCCAUACAAAUUCUAUUUUUUUAAAACUUAUUUCUACUCUCUGUUUAUUUUUUUACACCUUCCAUUUAUUUUCUCUCUGAAAAUUAUUAUACACAUUUCGGGGAAUUCGUACAUCAGUAAAUUCUACAACGCCUUCACAAUCCGGCCCUCAACGCAAUUAUAGUCAGUAAAUAAAUUCCCGCCUCCGCAUCUGUACAGUACAGCAGAUCCCCUUCCCGACAACAAAAUAAGGAUUUACAAUUUUCUAUGAUUUUUCACAAACAGCGAUCAUCAGCGAUCGAUUUUCACAUCAGCGA